AUUUUUUUUUCAAAUUUCAAACACGUGAAAUGCUUUUACAAUACGCCCCCAAAAUUUGAGUUUAUUUUCUUUGUGUACAAAUGAAUUUUUCGCAAUGCGUUUGUGCGAUUCGAACGUGUAGAUAUCAUGUGAUGUAGAUUGAAAAUUGAGGUGUGCUUGUGUUUUACCGGAAUAACGUCGCAGUGAAAAUGAAUUAGUUAAACCAUGUGAUUGCAUCAUCAAGUUAGAAGAAAAACCUACGAUAAGUUUUGAAUCCGCAUCUCGAAUUCGAGCAGCCAGCUACGAUGGAUAAUCAAGAAAUCAUCAACAUCUCGAAUCAAUUAGCUCAGGCUGUCGAAGCAGCUCUAAAUCCCGAAGUACCUCCGGAUAAACGUCAGCAGGCGUACAACGCUUGCGAAGAAUUCAAAGAGAAAUCUCCGCUAUGUAUCCAGUGUUCGGUGUAUCUUUCGCUGCAUGGUUCGCAUCUCGUACGUCAUUUCGGUCUCCAGUUGAUGGAAUAUUGCGUCAAAUACAAAUGGUACGGUAUAGAUCAAUCGCAGAAAAUAUCCAUCAAAGAUGUAACCAUGUCUUUGCUGCAAUCUUGCGAAGGUGAUUUCAUUCAUCAUAUUCAUCUACGCGAUGCUUUAUCUCGCGUUAUAGUCGAAAUGAUAAAACGCGAAUGGCCCCAGCAUUGGCCAGAUUUGCUACCCGAGUUAUUCGCUAUCGCUGCAAAAGGUCAUAUACAAGCUGAAACCGUACUGCUUAUAUUUUUAAGAUUUAUCGAAGAUAUUGUAGUUUUACAGACGUUAGAGUACGCCCAACGUAGAAAAGAUUUAUACCAACACUUAGUCCUCGAGUUGGAGAACGUGUUCACGUUUUUACUCAAUUUAAUGGCGCAGCAUUACAAGCUAAAUGUUCCUGAAAGCGUUCGAGUCAUCAAUUUAUCGCUCAAGUUGGUCAGCGAGAUCGUAGAAUUCGCUUUCAUAAAUCGUAUCGCUGCUGAAGAAACUAGACUGUUACCCGUCUUGUGUGGGUUCUUAGCUGAUGAGAAUUUUCAACUAGAAACAGCCGAGUGUUUAAAUCGUAUCGCUACGAAGAAAGGCAAAGCCGAAGAUAAAAAAAUCAUUUGCAAGUUAUUAUUCAGUUCUACGUUGGUAAACGAUAUAUCGAGAAUUAAUUUAUUACUCCAGAAUGGAACUUUAAACGAACGUAAUUAUUUAUUUGUGAAGAAAAUAUCCGAGUUAUUAUGUUCGUUAUGUAAUCUAUUAUGCAGCGUGAUCAAAAACGAUAACGAUAGCUUAUACGAAUUUAUCAAAUUAGAGAAUAUGAUUCUAUUAUUGGAGAUUUUAACCACCCUGUGUAAUCAUCCUUCGUUAGUUGUAGCUUUCAACGUUAACUGCGGCUGGACUGUUAUAUUCAAGCACGGAAUCAUCAACAAAGAUGCUAACGUACUGAACUACGUUACCAAAUGGGUUACUAAUGUUACAUCGAAGAUCAUUCGUAUACCUUACAAUCCGGAAAACGCUGUGCCAAUGUUUCAAGAAAGCUAUAAAUAUCUCGUAUUCGAUUUCGAUUCCGAAGAAUCCUUCGCUACGUUCUACUAUCGUUUCAGAGUCGAAUUACUCGAAGCUUUCCGCCAUCUGACAGCCAUCGCUCCGAUGGUAACGUUCUCUUGCAUCGAACAAUGGCUUAUGACCAGAAUACACGAAACAUCGUUCAACUUGAACGCUUACCAGUCAAUAUAUUCAAUCGCUUAUCUCGAAUGGGAAGGCAUAGCCGCAUUACUCGACACCAUCGUCGGUCAUUUGCCCAAAAAUCACGCUAUUCCUCUCGAACGAAGCUUACAGUUAUUAGAUUUGUGCUUGAAUCUGAAACCAUCAGAUCCGGGCGUACUGUCGUUCGUUUUAUCUUGCAUAUCGGUGUUUAUUUAUUUCGUCGACGCGUCUCCGGCCGAAGUACAAAGCUCGUAUAUGCCUCGCGUACUCCAUAAAGUAUUCUCUACGUUGACAUUCGAGAUACCCGGCCAAACCAAGCUGACCAGAUCCAAGAACGUGCGUAAUUUACGCCGUCACGCCGCCUGUAUGUUGGUGAAAUUGGGCCAGAAAUAUCCGAUGUUGUUUUUACCAUUCUUCGAUAACAUCAAGAAAGCCUUCAAUGAUUUGAAACAAGAUACGAAUCAACUGUAUAAAAUGGAGAUCGUUUUGUUUCUGGAAGCCAUGCUGUCUAUUAAUAACGCUUUCUGCGAAUACGAACGCCAAAGUCAGUUCAUCAGCGAGGUGUUCGCCGAAGUGAAAAAUUUCUGGGCUAAAUUAAGCUCCGAAGUAUUCAACGAUUACUCGAAAUUCGCCUCAUUCAUCGGGCUCGACAGUAAAUCAUCCAGCGAAGAAGAUAUCUUCAUGAAGAAUCGAGGCGAACUUAUGUACUGCGUCGAUAUCAUCGUAGCUGUAAUUAAACGAUCGUCUUGGCCCGAAUCGAAAGAAAAAGCCAUCAACGGAGGCUUCGUAGUUGGUUACGAAGGAGACCAACCUAUUUACAAGAAUCCAGCUACUCCUCACUUGCUGGAAGCUCUACCCGGUGUAUUUUCCUUAAUUAAAGCCUUCCAUUCGUUAUGGUCUCCAGAAGGCAAAUUCAAACUGCAUUCGGAUUACGCUAAAGUACACGAAUUAACUGAAUCCGAAUUGAAGUCAUUAUUCGGCGGUCACCUGAGCCAAAAACCGGAGUUCAACUCGCUCGAUCCGGUCCCAGCUGUCAACGCUUUCGCUAAAAUGCAAAAUUUCCUGCUCGCAUUGUACGAGUCUUGCUACACGGUGAUUACGAAAGCGUGCCAGAACCUCGGAUACUUUUUCUACGAGUUGCCCAAUUUCGCUCCUAGUUUCGCUGCUUCGGUAUUCUGUAAUAUUGAUUCGAUCCCUGAUUACCGGUUACGAGUGAUGGUGAAGCAGUUCAUGAAACCGUUCAUAUAUUGUUGCCCGGCUUCCAAAUACGACGAUAUACUGAUGCCUAUUUUCGCGUACUUCACGUCGUAUAUGUUCGAAAGACUGUCUAAUAAAUGGAAAUAUCUCAAAGAAUGCCGAGAAAGUGGUAAGCUGAAGGAUGACGAUGAGGAAGAUAGCAAGGAAGUAGUCGAAGAUCUCAUCAACACGUUGCUGUCUCGAGAAUACAUGGAUGUUAUUAAAGCUAUGCUACUCAAGUUUACAUUAUCUGACCUGAAAUCGUGUAAUGGUACAGCCAACUCAAACGACGAACUCCCGUCUCCGCUGGGCUCGCAGUCAAAUCUAUCAUACUCGACGAACAUCUACGAAAGCCUCUCCGAUCUGGGCAUCAAAUUCCUCCGAUACGAGAGCACACGUUACGGUAUUAUAAGCUUCAUCCUAAGCUCGAUUUCCUGGCUAGACAGCACUCACAGCUUAAAAGCUACCUUCAAAGUUCCCGCCAUCAUGAAACAACUCUCAGCUGACGGAAACGUAACCCAAGAGUUAGCGGUUCAAACUCUAAUCAGUCUAUUGCAAGGGUUGCAAUUACACGGUCAACACGACAGCAAUCAAGGCAGCCUUUUAAACUGUGCCAUUCAAGUCUACCUUCUGGUCAGGCCGCAGUAUCCUCAAGUUCUGGAGAUCAUGACCAUGGUACCUGGUAUCAAUAUGGAAGAUUUGCAGAAAUUCGAUCAAAAAGUAUUGAAAAUCGGUCCCCAGUCUAAAAUAGAUAAAGGUAUGAGAGAAAUGUUUAAAAAACUCGUGAGCAAUUUGAUCGGUAAAAACAUCGGACAGCUGUUUAAACGCAAAGAAACCAUACGCGAUUUACCCAGAAUCGAGAUAAAUCGGCCAAAAGGUGAAAAUAUAUUGAAUUUGUCCGGCAACGAGAACGAUAUUGGAAUAGCGAAUUUUUUUAAAUAAUACGUUCUCACUCGUGUAACUCCCCCCCCCCACCCUUGCUCAUCUCUCUAUCCCAGCUCGUCUUCUCCUUAUGAAUUUUGUUAUGUUUUGUAUAUUUAUAUUUUGUUAUUUCGUUUACACGCACUCGGUAUUUUUUUUUUCAUUUUUUAUUUUCGUGAUGAAAUUCGAAAUCAUUUUAUAUAAUUUGAAGUAACGUUUAAAAAACGAUCGUCGUGUGUAUUUUAAUUUCAAAUGAUGUCGCAUUAUUCGAAUAGUACUUGAAAGUUUAGGUUGCAAAGAUUCUUGUCGUAUUGAAAAAACGAUGGUUUUUUUUCCUCUGUAAAAAACUCAUGUGAUUUUUGUAAUAUUUUUACAAACGCCAUUCCUGGAAUUUUUUUUAGUUUAUUUUCUGUGAUUCCUAUAAAAAGAUGUUAUUUUAAAGUACCUACCUACCUAAAUCUGUGUAGUGUAAAGUGAACAUGAUGAACAUUAAUUUGAAAUCGUAUGUUUAUAGCGGUGUUUAUUGUUGUAUGUACUACGUACUCGUCUCGUAUGUCUAUGUAUACUAUGAUUAUGUUCAGCCAUCGAGCUGUGAAAAUUAAUUUAAAAAUGUUAGUGAAAUGUACCUUAUUAUACUAUACCUUAUAUGAGUUAUGUUGCCGCCAAGAUUGAAUAAGCUCGCUUGUUUCGAAAUAAAUUAUUACGUCGUUUAUUUAUUCGCGUGUAAAUUUUUCUUUUUGUAGUAUUACCUAUUGUGAAUUUUCGUCGUGUUGAGCCUGGGCGAUAACAUGUGUAUGGUGUGUGUGACCCGUAAUACAAAUCUAACUUAAUUCGUUACUUAUAUAUUUUGUUUUCUUUUAUUUUAUAGUUUUCGAAAUAUAGAAUUUGUACUCGCGCGUUUCAA